AUGGCUGCAAAAGUUAUAGCUGACUUUGGUCGAGGUGUCUUCACUCCUCUUAGCGGGAAAAAAGGGAAUCAGAAAAAUUCCAUUUCCUAUUAUCAAAACUGUAGCCAUUUGACGCUUCCCAACCGACAUAUUUAUUAUGAACCCACAGAGGACUUCGAAUGGGACGUGACCUCUUCCUUGCUACCCAGCAUAAAUUCGGCAGGUGAAGUGAUCGUCCACCGAAGACCAGCCAGUCCGGACUCGAAGAAGAACGGGCCGGACAGGUCCAGAAGGAGCUUACACAAGGAGCGUCCGGUGUCUGAAGGACACUCCACUACGAAUAAAGACCUCUCAGACCUCACCAAAGAAACGUCCAAAGAAAAAGAACGAGCUUACACGGAGGCCGAGUUCACCUCUGCCAUUUUGGCACGAACUGAAGCGAAAUCUGAUGGUACAGAUGGCACAGACGAACAGUCGGAACUAGCGACAGAACUCCCUGAUAUGGGAGAUUCUGGAGUGGCAUCCAUGGUCAGGGAGUCUGUGACCUCGAACGGUCAGCCUGCCAUGGAUGGACAUGAGGAAUGUGACUGUGAACGUAGGUGUUCUAACCCGAAACACGGACAUGACUGUAAAAAUGGAGAUUAUUCUGUGUCCCCUGUUUUGGAAAGACGAAACAAAGGAGUUCUUGGCAGGCUCAGGAAUUUUGCCAGCCGUACAAGUUACAGUACCAGUGAAGACGGACAUUCGCAUUCUUCGGAUUAUGAAGAACAAGAUGACGAGAAAAAAGUGGAAGGUCGUUUUUGCAGAGAUGCCCGCGAACGCAGUUCAUCGACAUGGGCCGGGCGGGUCCGGGACCUUCACAGAGACGUCAAGAAGAAAAUAUCCCGUCUGAGGAACUCGAGGGGAGCAACGCCUGACGACGAACUUGGAGAAGGAAAUGAAAACUCGCCAGAUCCAAUUCAACCAGGAAGUUCUGUGGAAAGCAUACCCAGUGGUUCUGGAUCCAGUUUACAACCUCCCACCCCAACCAGUAGCAAUCGGAGCUCUACGUCGGUGGGCGAAGACGAUCACAGCACCUUCGUAGGAACCUUUAUCGGACGAGCGAAAGCCCUCGUGGAUUGCACGCCGAGUCCCUACGAUAGGGACGGAUUGGCGUUCAAGAAAGGAGACAUUAUAGAUAUAAUUGCCAAACAUAAGACAGGCAUCUGGGUUGGCAUGGCCCAGGGAAAAGUUGGACAUUUCAAGUUCAUCAAUGUGCAGGAGAUCGAGGAAGAGAGAAAAGCCAAGCACAGACGUCGAAAGAUUCAAAACGAUUGGAUCAACAACUCCAAGAAACCAGAAACUUUAGAUGAACUUUUAAAGCAGCUUGGUCUUGAAGAGUACACCAAUGUUUUGAUUCUCAAUGGCUAUGACGAACUAGAUACGUUUAAGGAAAUUGAAAAAGUGGAUUUAGAUAACCUAGGCAUAACAAAUCCAGAUCAUUCUUCUAAGUUAUUAAGAGCUGUAGAAAUGUUACAAGACGUAGAUGUUGAAGAUGAAAUGGAAGACGAUGAGCUACAGGUAAAGCAGUCUCCUCGGGAUUCAGGCUGUUAUGCAAGUCACGAAAACUUGAUCCAUCGGGAUUCUUCUCAAAGAGCUUUAAGUAAUGGACAAUUUAUGGUAGACCUUGAGGAUCAGGACACUAGUCAUUCCGAGAGUGGUAUUCAUUCCAGGGAAGGACAGGAUUCGACAGUCAUGAUGAAUAACCUCGACUUCAGCGCGGAGUCAUCGACGAAGUCAACAGCAACAACAAUGGACGAUAUGACAACAGCAGUGGAUGUCAAUGACUGCACAGAUGACACGAAUGAUGUUAAAGACCUUAGCAAUUACAAUAUUCUUCCAAACCAAGACACUGCACCCGAGGAGCACGAAUCUAUUGAAUUUAACAGCAUUCCAUGCGUUGUUGAAACGUUGCGGAAGCAGGAUGAAGAUCUGACCAGUUCUUUAAAUGUUCCAUUCGUUUGGUCGUCGACGGGCACUAAGUCAUCUCCAGGAUCACCGAGGAAAAUUCGCAACAAGCACAGUAGGAACAAAUCCCACUCUCACCGCAGUAAAGACUUGUUCUCUGAACUGAAUGCCUUCAGCUCAAGUUUCGCCAAAUAUCGUCACAUAUCAUCGGAAUCAUGCCAAGACAGAGGCACGUACGUGUAUGGUUGGGCAUCUUUCUCACGGACUGAAAAGAACUCGAGAAGGAAUCUUCGUGAAUACGACGACGUCGUCAGCGAUCCUGCCACCGAAGCUGAAGAUUCUCCUGGGAGGCACGUGUACAGGAGGGUGAAGCAAAGGAAAGGCAGCUUGCAGACGUUAAUUCAUGAUUCUCGCCCACCAUCGCCAACCCUCAUUAUGAAAGUGAACAAGAAGCUUGUUGCUGAGAAGGUUUAUCUUCAUGAAGAACCUUAUACAGAUAAGACUGGCUUUUGUGGUAUUCCUCCUGCCCUAGUGCAACGGUAUGCUGAAGAACUUCAGCGCAGCAUUCUCGAUGUCGCCGAUGCCUUAGAUCAAAUCCGUAUCACUUCCUUACAGCAACAAGCUCGACGUGGGGUGCCAAACGACUUCUUAUCCGACUCCUGUAUAGUUCCUGUAAUCGAGCCUAACUACUCAACUCUCCGAGCUUGGCUCAUUUCCUUGGGCUUGCCCAUGUACGAGUCCAACUUCGCAUCGGCAGGUAUCUACGAUCUGCACGACAUCUCGAACCUGGGCAUGGAAGACUUGGCUCACUUGGGAAUCCGGGAUCCCUAUCAUCAAGCAUAUCUGGAGUCUGCACUUGAAGUUCUGUACCUAAGAAUUCGCAGGAGGCCUCAAACUUACACUCAAGGUCAAUCAAUGUCAUAGUUCUGUUGCAUUUUGCUUGCAUUCCGUUUUGUGUGUUC